AUGGAAACGCCGAAGGUGAUUCAUCUCACCAAUGGAAAUGUCGUAACAAUCAAGUCGAAUACAUCCACCACUUUGCAAUCCAUUCCUUUGAUUAACGUUGAAAAAAUGCAUAGUCCAAAUCUGAAGGAUCGACAAGCGGUGGCUGAGGAAAUUCGAGCAGCAUCUCACGAGAUUGGGUUUUUUCUUAUCACCAAUCAUGGUGUUGAUAUGAACCUAGCCUCUGGUGUUCUGGAUCAAGCCAAGCAGUUCUUUGCGCUGCCAAAGGACAAAAAAAUGGAGGUCUACACAGGGCGCAUGCCAAGUGAAUUUUGUGGCUACCAUCCAAUGCAGGAGUAUAACAUCAACGGCUCCAAAUUAAAAGAUCUCCACGAGGCUUACAACUGGAACUAUGAUGCUUCCAAAGACCCCGGGGCGUUAGAUCCGAAUCUACCCUCCAUCAAUCUUUGGCCCUCUGGUAUGCCCGAGUUCCAGGAGAAACUUUGCGCAUAUCAGACCUCUCUCAUCAAGCUCGCACGGCAGUUGACUCGUAUCUUUGCUCUUGCGCUUUAUCUUCCCGAAACCGCUUUUGAUGACUGCGUCAGAGUCCCGGAAGCGGGGAUGAGAAUCCUUCAUUACCCAGCGCAAACUGCUGCUCGAGCAGACCAGAAUGGCAUAGGUGCUCACACUGACGUCGAAACAUUUACCAUCAUCACACAAGACAGUCCUGGACUGGAGGUCCUGAGCAAGUCCGGUCAGUGGAUCCAAAUUCAACCCGUACCCGGCUCUUUUGUAGUCAAUAUUGCGGACUGUUUCAUGCGACAGACGAACGAUUUCUUUGUGAGCACUGUCCAUCGCGUCAUCAAUCAGAGCGGAAAUGAGCGGUAUUCCGCGCCAUUCUUCUGGGGCUUCAAUCGGCAAUGCCUGCUUACCCCGAUCGAGACUUGUGUCAGUGAGGAAAAUCCAUCGAAGUACCCGCUCAUGACUGCCGGGGAGUACUACGAGUGGAGAACGCGACGUCAGAAGAAGGAAUGGAAGGAUGGGCCACAGAAGUGA